AUGGUUUGCCCCAAUACUAAAAAGAAAUACAUCCUCCCUACCACACAUCUCCCUACACAAAUCUUAGCGGACGAAAAAAGGACCGCAAUUAUUAAAAAGAUUAUUCAACAAAAGUCUCCCAUUUUCUUGCCCCAUUUUUUUUUUCGCAGAGACCGUAUACUCACCUCCACUCCAAGUUCUGUAUCCUUCGUCCCUGCAUGUACCAUUGAAAAAUUCCCAUCCUACUUACUAUCUUCUUUUCACAUAUCUCAUAACACACAAAUGUCGUGGCUCUUUGGCUCCAGCUCUACCGAAAAACCUGCCUCCACGCAGUCGCUCGGCUUCGACCCAUCCCAGGUCGCCGACGUCUCUUCCAUCAUCCUGGCCCCAGGUGCCUUGGAUUCUUCCAAAUUGCACCCUUUGGCAGGUUUGGACAAAGGUAUUGAAUAUUUGGAUUUGGAGGAUGACCAAUUAACAGACUUGGAAAACGGCCUGAGUAUCAUCGCUGCCCGUAACUGGAGAGAUAACUUGUGUUACGGUACUGGUACCAUGUACUUGCUCGGAUUGGGUGUCGGUGGUGCUUACGGUAUGCAAGAAGGUUUGGCCAGCUUGCCAGCCGGCUCGAGCGGAAAAUUGAAGUUGAACACUGUUUUGAAUCACAUCACCAAGAGAGGUCCAUUCUUGGGUAACUCUGCUGGUGUCCUUGCCCUCAUCUACAACAUCUUCGACUCGACCAUAGAUCACUUCAGAGGAAAGCACGAUGACUUCAACUCGCUCGCAGCUGGUGCUUUGACUGGUGCUCUUUUCAGAAGUGCCGCUGGUGUCAAGCCCAUGGCAUACUCCACCGCUAUAAUGACCGCCGGUGCUGGUGCAUGGUGUGCUUUGAAGAGAUUUGUUGCUGAGUAG